CCUAUUCAGUUGUAUUUCCGCGCUUCACCACUAGAGGCAGAUACACAGUUUACUACUCAUAAUAAGUUACCUCUGACAUCACAGUCCACCGUUUUCCAUCAAGAAAAAAGGCCAGAACACUGAGCGGCAGUUGUCAUUCGAUAUCGGGCAACUUACCGAUCAGCAGCUACCAGACAGCAGCAAGAAUCACCUCACAUACAAUCUAUCCUGAACUCAGUAAAGUUUGUGUUCUGAAUCCUGUACUGUGUUUUUACUGACACGCUGGGGCGAGUACAACCUCCUGAUCAGCGCACACCAGAUAGUGAAACUCCAUUACAAUUGGUCCUUCGAGCUAGAGAGUAAACCUUCCUAACACUGGUCCUUCGAGCCGGAUAAGUGUGCUUACCACAAAAUAGAAUGUCGGAGCAACCUUCCAAUGAGAGUCUGCGCCCACAACACAGAAUUGAGCCCCCACCCCAUCUUAAAGACUACACAGUGCAAUAUCCGAUGCAGCAAUCAUGUGGACAAGAAGAGGAGACACAGCAAAACACAAUAAGAGAUCAUUAUAGUGUGUUACUCCCCGAUUAUAGUGAUUUUCUUCCUUCAAGUUCACAUGCUGAUGACAUCGACGCGAAUGCUCGAGCUACUAGCACUCCGCAUUGGGAUGUUAACAUUCAACCAGAUAGACCGUGGCUCACCAUACAGCCUUUCGAAAGUGAUGGGGAGGAGGAGCCUUUGUUACAAGAGGACGAGGCUGAACCCCACUGCUGGCAUAAGUCGAAGCUUCAAGAACUGGAGAUGGAAAAUAGGCAACUUCGUGAAGCUCAGAUGGCCACUCAGGAGGAACUCCGACAAUUUAAAAUCCUUUAUAAAGAUAUGCAGAAUUUAACAGUAAAUCUGCAGGCAGCUUUGCUAGCUCUUCAGCCACAACAGGUCAAAGAGACUCCAGUCCCAUUGCCCGCAAAUAUCUAUAAACCACCUGCAGCGGUGAAGCCAGGGCCAGCGCCCUAUAUUCAGCGGCCUACACCCUGCAGACCCCAAGUGCUACCUAGAAAGAGUCGCUUAAAGUCAGAAGCAGAUACAUAUGUCUACGGGACAAGCCCACAGCCUGCUGCCGAUCCUAAUCUACUAUAUUCUUCCUUGACCGGGUGGCUUCAGCGUACAGAAUCUCCACAGACGUCCUAUAAGGGCCUGCAUCCAACAAUUCCAAAUUUCACCUGUCCUGACCCUGGCGAGUUCGCUCAUUUCAAGUUAGCCCUUGAAAACAUCCUCCCUGCUGAUGCAUCUGAGCUCUUCAAGUAUCAGGUUCUCGUAGAACGCCUCAGGUUUGCAGAGGCUCGCCUAAUAGCAGAUUCAUUCCUGAAUUCCCCUCGGCCAUACACAGACACCAUGACUGCACUUACUGACAGAUUUGGGGUACCUUCUCAGUUAGCUUUUACAGAGAUAGCAGCAGCUAUGAAUGCUCCUGAUGUUCAACCUGGAGAUGUAGCCGGUUUUAAUAAGUUUGCCCUUCAAAUUCAAGCUCUCGUGGGUCUCCUGAAGUCAUUAGGUUCUAAGGGAUAUGCAGAACUGCAGUGCCGCUCACAUGUAGCACGUCUACUCACUAAAUUACCCGCGGAUUUGUGUGCCUCAUUCAGAAAACAUCUGCCUCAUCAGAAUACCUACACUCUACCAGAUCUAGCAGAGUGGCUCAAGCUUGAAUCCUGGUGUCAGGACUAUAAGAGCACGAAUCAGAGGAAAGAGCAGAGACGUAAGAUGGUGCAAGCAAGACCAGGCCCAGUAGCAAAGCCCAGACUCCCUUCUGUCCUGCAUGGAGCUAACCAACCACCAGAAGCAGCUCCUCAGGUGCUGACGCCCUCGUAUCAGUCCGAGCCAGCAUGGGGAUCUGAACAGAUCAGAGUUCUGUGCCCAUACUGCAACAGUACCGAACAUCACUUAAGCCAGUGUACCACUUUCAAGGCGUUUACUACAGAGCAGAUGAUCAAAUGGAUCAAAGACAACAAGCGUUGUUGGAAAUGUGGACGAUCACACAUAGCUAGAAAUUGUACCCUAAAGAAACCCUGUCGUUUGUGCCACGGGAAACACCUUCAAAUCCUUCAUAAGGUUAAUAUGCAACAGUUUGGGCUACCGGUCCCAGAAUGCCUUUACCUCUAAACAGAGUCAGCAGAAAUACCAACACCUGAAAGGCAUCCCUUUACAGCCCAUUGAUAAAGAACAACCGCUCUUUUUAUUAGAAGCAGACCAUCCCCACCUUAUAACACCUAUUAAACCUGUACGCCUUGGGCCCCCUGGACGAGCAGCAAUCAGAACUAGACUAGGUUGGACAACACGCUUUCUGCAGCAACAAAUACAACCUCAGCAAUGUUUACAUAUCUCUAUCAACCCUCAAAUGGAAGAACUCUCCCAGAACGUAGUUGUCAUUCGACAUCACGCAACCUACCGAUCAGCAGCUACCAGACGACAGCAAGAAUCACCUCACAUCAGCAAUCUAUUCUAAACUCAGUAAAGUUUGUGUUCUGAAUCCUGUACUGUGUUUUUACUGACACGCUGGGGCGAGUACAACCUCCUGAUCAGCGCACACCAGAUAGUGAAACUCCAUUACAAUGGGUUCUUCGAGCUAGAGAAAGAACCUGCUGACCCUGACAGCACAGCACGGACUUUUAACACCACAAAUAAACCGUGUAAGAACCACAACAACAACAACAACAACAACAACAACAACAAUAAUAAUAAUAAUAAUAAUAAUAAUAAUAUU